AUGGCCCCUCAGCCGUACGCAGUAAUGAAUGCCCAGCCAUACGCCAGGCCACAACAACAAUUCAACCAAAACCGAGCUCUAUUUCCUAGAAAUCAACCUCCUCGCCAAGCCCAGUACAAUCCCCAACCACUACAAAAUAACUUCCCCUACAAUGCCCGUGACCGGGAGCCACCCAGGAUAGCAAACUUCACGCCUAUUAGUGAGUCAUAUUCUAGCCUUUUCCCUAAACUUGUCCAGAUGGGUUUGUUGCAACCCAUACCCCAAACCAGGCAGAACCCAGAGUCGCCUUCUUACGGAACCGAUGCUCGAUGUGCCUAUCAUUCUGGGGCAGAAGGACAUGAUACUAAAGAUUGUUGGACUCUGAAAAGAGCUAUUGAAAACCUCAUAGAACAAAAACGAAUAGUGCUGAAGGAUGAGGAAGUUCCUAAUGUGACCAACAAACCAUUGCCGGCUCACAGCAACAGGCCGGUCAUUGGAAAGAUUUGCGAGGAAAAGGAGUUUGAUCCUGCUUUGAAAGCCAUUAUUGCAAUCAGUGAUGCCGAAAAGAAGCCAAAAGCCACUGCAAAACAAGACAAGGGGGAGAAGAAGAGUAAACCCACCCCUAAAAAUAUAGAAAAGACAACAGGAACCAAAACUGGGGCAAGGCCCAUGACAGACCCUACCGCCGUUCCCUGGACUUACAACAAGGCGGUAGUAAUCUACAAGGGAAAAGAGGUUUUGGGAGAAGCAAAUGAAACUAACCCAGCUGAGAAAUACUUUAAUGUGGGAGAAGUAAACAAUGCCAAGCAGAAACGCUUUCCGAUCAAGGAACCAAUUAGUGCCGAAGAAGCAGAAGAGUUCUUCCGAAAAAUGAAAACUGCAGACUACGAGAUAAUUGACCAACUCCGAAAGUCUCCUGCUCAGGUUUCUUUAUUGUCUCUACUAAUGAAUUCAACUGAACAUCAGAAUGUGUUGAUAAAAACCCUCAACGAAGCUUAUGUGCCGAUUGAGACCACUGUUGAACAACUGGAGAGGAUGGCAGAAAGAUUCUUCGCAGUCAAUCAAAUUUCCUUUAGCAAGAAUGAUUUGCCCCCGGAAGGGGCCUCCCACAACAAAUCCCUCCAUCUGACAGUUAAAUGCGAGGGGUAUUAUGUGAAAAGAGUCAUGCUGGAUGGUGGCUACGGAGUUGAUAUCUGCCCUCUCUCAACUCUGCAAAGAAUGGAGAUCGGGACUGAGAGAAUCAAGCCCAACAAUGUCUGUGUGCGUGCCCUUGAUGGUAUCAAAAGAGAUACCAUAGGUGAGAUCGAUUUGAUUCUGACUAUUGGACCUGUGGAUUUUGAGGUGACCUUUCAGGUCCUAGACAUGGAUACUUCUUAUAAUUUCCUCUUGGGAAGGCCUUGGAUUCACGUAGCAGGGGCUGUACCUUCUACCCUACACCAGAUGGUGAAAUUUGAAUAUGAAGAUCAGGAGAUUGUAGUUCAUGGAGAAGAUGAGCAGUUAAUUUACCGGGACCCAUCAGUCCCAUGUCUCGAAGUGAGGGAAGGUAGUGAGCAUAUAGUUUAUCAAGCUUUUGAGGUGGUGGUCGCAGAUCAAUAUGAGGAAGGAAACCCUUGUCCUCAACCUCUUCUAUCAAAUGCAUCCAUCAUGGUCGCUGCUGAAAUGAUCAAACAUGGUUAUAAGCCUGGGAAGGGACUCGGGGCAUCACUACAAGGUAUCACGGAACCUAUCACCCUACCUGCCACCAAGAAGUUCUUCGGUGUGGGUUUUCGCACCACAGAAGCUGAUGUGACAUGGGCAAAUAAAUGA